AUGAUGGCGGACGGCCUCUUGCAGUUGGCGGGGCGGCUGGGCACGGUGGUAAGCCCCCUGGUCAUGAUGGCCCGCCAGGCCCUGCCGCUGCUGCCCCCCCUCGCCUUCGGGGCCGUCCUCAUCGCGUCCAGCCUUGUCCUCCCCUUCCUCCUGGAGACUCGGGGCCUGCCCCUCCCCGACACCAUCCAGGACCUGGAGAGCCAGGGGCCGGCGGCGGCCGGGCGCGCCUGGCGGGAGGCGGUUGUCACCGAAAGCACCUGGUUCUAG